AUGGAGGAACUGAAUGUUGAAGGAGCGCAGAAAGUGGAGGAACUGAAUGUCAAAGGGGUGCAGCAAGAGGAGGAACUGAAUGUUAAAGGGGUACAUCAAGUAGCUGUUGUUCCAGACACUGCCGGCUCACUGGAAAACUUGACUGAUUCAAAGCCUCUUGUUUCUGUUGUUUUUACUGAAAGUUCCCCAGAUGGUCAUAACAGACAUUUAAGUGAAGAUUUAAGUUCGCUUACAAUUAAUAAUAUACGUGUGAAUGGGGAGGAGAUUUGCCACAACCAAUCUAAGGGGAAUGGUCACAAUAGAAAUUUCAGUGAAGAUAUAGGUUCCCUUACAAUUAAUGAAUGUCGUGCAAACAAAGUAGAGGAAAAUUGUCAUGACCAGCUUGAAGGGAAGGAACAACAACAAAUUAGUCGCCAUAACUCAGCUGAAAGAAACAUUUUUAAGGCAGCGGAGAUCGCCGAACGUUUCAUUCAGGCUCUAGAUAAUAGAGUUCUUGUUGAAACUGCAGCACCGAUUGAAUCUGUUAAAGAUGCUGUUAGCAAAUUUGGAGGGAUUCUUGACUGGAAAGAGAGGCGUAAAAAUGUUCAACUCAAACUUGACAAGGUGCGGGAAGAAGGCCCCGAGUACCAGAGAAGAUUCAUAGCUGAAGAAGUUGAGAAAAGCAAAGUUCUGCAGGAGCUGUGUAGCACCAGGCGGAUCAUAGAAGGGCUGAAAUUAAGCCUGGAGAAAGCACAAACUGGAGCAUUGCAAGCACAGCAAGAUGCAGAGCUCGCUGAGAUACGAUACAAAGAGAUACAACAGGGUAUUGCUCGCAAAGAGAGUGCUGCAGUGAAGGCAGAGAUUGUUCUUGCCAAAGAACGCUACGCGACUGCCUUAGCAGACUUGCAGUCAGUUAAAGAGGAGCUAGAGCAGCUUGAGAAGGAACACACAGCUUUAAUUACACAUAGGGAGAAUGCUGAGAUUAGAGCACAUGAAUCCACUGCCGCGUCUCAGGAGAUUGAGAAGAUCGUGGAGGACCUUACCCUUGAGCUCAUCUCACUGAAAGAGUCACUUACCUCUUCGCACGCUACCCACAUUAUAGCAGAGGAGCGAAGAAUAAAUGUGGCUUUGGCGUAUGAGCAAGAAAAGCUGGAUUCGCAGAAUGAGUUGAAGCAAGCUGAGGAGGAGAUUCAAAAGCUGAAUGGCGAGAUCUCGGCCAAUAAAGAUCUUGAGUCUAAGCUAGAAGCUGCUUCUGCGUUGCUGGCAAAUCUGCAAAGUGACUUUACUGCUUAUAUGGAAGGGAUACUGCCUGAGAAGGAAAGCGAGGUUGGAGAGAAAGUGCGAUCCAUGGUUAGUGUCCAGAUGAAGCUGGCAAAGACCAGGAAAGAGCUUGACGAUAUGAGGACAAACAUCGAAACGGACAAGGAUGAGGUGAAAGGGCUGUGGAAUACUGCUGCUGCAUUACGAGCUGAUCUAGAGAAGGAGAAGGCAGACCUCACAGCAUUGAAAGAUAAAGUGCAUCAUGCAACAGUUUCUGUCUCGUCUCUCCAGGAAGAACUGAGAAAGACGAUGCGUGAACUCAGCGUUGUACAGGAGAGAACAGAAGCGGCUAAAAUGCCCAUAGAGCUACAGAAGGCUACUCAAGAAACACAACUAGCAAAGGCGAAGGCUCGGUUGGCCUGCGAUGAGGUUACAAGGGCUAGUGAAGAGGCAGACCGAGCUAAGGCAGAUGUCAACAUUGUCCAGUUGAAGCAAGAAGCAGUUUCAAGGGAGAUACUCGCGGUUAAAGCAUCAGAAGAGAUUGCAAUGGCCUCAGCAAAUGCACUGCAAGAAUACAAAGAGGAGGGAGAAAUAGAUCCCCAAGCUAACCGAGGAAGUGACAAGAGCAUGAUGGUACCACUUGAAGACUACGAUGCGUUGAACAAGAGAGCAAAGGAAGCCGAUGACCGAGCUAAGAAGCGGGUUAUGGAGGCAGUUGAGAAGAUCAAGGAGGCCAAGGAGGGAGAGGUGAGGAGCUUGGAUAAGUUGCAUCAGCUGACCAAACAGAUUGAUGAAAGGAGGGAGGCGCUGAGGGACGCGCAUGAGAAAGUCAUCACAGCACAAGACAACAAGUUGACAAUGGAGAACGAGCUGAGGAAAAGAAGAGCCAAGCAUGGCCAACAUUACACGGCGGGCGAUGCCGAUCUCGCGAUUCCCGGUGUCUGCCUUCUGAAUGAUAGUGCAUGCUCUUUUGAUGCAGCGGGAUCGUCUGCUUCUCAUGCGCAAGGAGGAGGCCUAGGUAGAGCCGACACCAUCGCGACAACUGCAGCAGCAGAGCCAAAGGCGCGGAAGUCCUUCUUCCCUCGCUCCAUAGCGAUGAUGUUCAUGAAUAGGAAGAAGACACAUUCGAAGUGA